CACGGAGUGGAUAAAAACAGACCAUCAACACAAAUCUCGGUUUUGUUCUGGCGGACUAAAGUGGACCCGGUCUGGGGAUCGUGAAGGUCCGGGGACUGCAGACACGCGCAGGUCCCACUCGCCGGUCUGCAUGCUCCUCGCUGACAGAUCUGCCUCACUCUCUCAUUACACACAGUGUGGUGUUACACAAUAGCAGCCAACACCUACUAAUCAGAUCUGCUCAUCGUGAAUAGCUGUUUAGAGACAAAGACAGCAAGAGCGUGUUGACACAUCCAGUGCUGGACCUACCGAAUGAGAAGAGAGGAAAGCUGAAGAAAGAAGACGGGCGGGAUGAGAGUAGACAACAGUGUGGAGGCGGCGAUAAGAGCAGAAUGCAGACGAGAGACCUGGUAACGGGUGCCUGCAGAGGUGAAGAAUGACAUCAUCCAGAUGAGAGGCAUGGAGCUGAAGGUGUGGGUGGAUGGAGUGCAGCGCAUCGUCUGUGGGGUCACAGAGGUCACCACAUGUCAAGAGGUCGUGAUCGCUUUGGCCCAAGCAAUAGGGCGCACUGGCCGCUACACACUGAUAGAAAAAUGGCGCGAGACAGAAAGGCAUCUGGCACCGCAUGAAAAUCCUGUGGUGUCGCUCAAUAAAUGGGGCCAGUACGCUAGCGACGUGCAGUUGGUGCUUCAGCGCACAGGCCCGUCUCUAAGCGAACGCCCCACCUCUGACACCUCUGCAAGGGCCCCUGAGCGCAGCCUAUACCGCCAAAGUCUCCCUCCCAUGGCAAAGCUCCGCCCUACGCCCAACGACCGAUCCCUUAAACGGCGUGAACCAAAACGCAAGUCGCUUACUUUCAGCGGUGGAGCCAAGGGUCUGCGUGACAUAUUCGGAAAAAGCCGUGAAGGCGAAACCAAGCAGCGAACAGCAAACGGAAACCGUUGCAGCACCCCAGCACCUACGCAGGAGCUCUCCCGCCUGGUGCAGCUGCAGAAGGAAAAGCUGCACGUCCUGGAGCAGAAACUUCAGCGCUGCGAGACUGAGCUUCAGCAGCAGCUGACAGAGGAGGAAGAGGAGGAGCUGGUCCAUCUGGAGCAACAGGUCCGCAGAAAUGAAGCUGAGAUAAAUGAGCAGGAAUUCUGGGAGAACGAGCUGCAGAUCGAGCAGGAGAACGAGAGGCAACUGCACGAGCAGCUGCAGGAGCUGCGCAGCCGCGUGCAGGACUGCGAGGAGCAGCUGGGAGAGUACCUGGUGCGUAUUCAGUGCAUGGAGGCGGGGCUGGAGGCAGAACGCUUGCAGCAGGAGCUGAUGGAGACGCGGCUGGCGGACGAGAUGGAGGUGCGAGCGCGGCUGGAAAACGCUCGUGCUGAGCUGGACUUGCAGGUGCAGCAAGCUGCCAGACUGGAGAACAGCUGCAGAGCUGUGGAGCUCUCGCUUGGGCAGUCAAACAUUAGGCUACAGGAGAGAGAGCAGGAGCUGGAACAGUUAACCAAGGAGCUGAGGCAGGUGAACCUCCAACAGUUUAUUCAACAGACUGGCACCAAAGUAACGGUGUUGCCAGCAGACCCUACUGGGGAGGAAGCUAACACAGAGUCUGAAACUCCGCCUGGUUCUCUGAAGCGGCUCGGAUCAGCCCGACAGCUUCCCGCUGACCUACGAGCUCUGCAAAGUCCCCAAAACACAACGUUUAACCCAGAAGGAAUCUACGUCUGAUUUCUGACAUCUCAGCCAAACGCAUUCUGCUUUUCCUAGUCUUCCAGACGAUGAAGGUUUAUUUUUGUGAUCAUACUUCCUGAAUCUGUUCGUGCUACAGAAAAUAUGAAAGAUUCCUUGAUGGCUGGAUGUUCAAUCGAUAAAACCCAAUCAGACCUCUCCAUCUGAAUGUAAGCUAAACUUUCACAGGACCCAAAGCUCUGUAAGGCCUCACCUUGAACAUGGCCCUUACUAAACUCAUACAGAAAAAAAGACAAAACACGCUGCCUCGGCCUAUGUUCUACCCUUCGACUGGUGGUUGCAAGUCCAAAAAUACAGCAUUAUGAUGUCUUUCUUUCAAGAAUGUUUAUGAAUCUCCAGGUAAACCUCACUCUCAAUGUGAUUAUGCAAGCAGUAGAGAAUACAGGGAGAUGGUGAAAGGUCGUUGCGGAUGAUGAAUUAUGCAGCUGAUAUUUUAUGGCUUACAGUCGUGAUGAAAGCUUAUAGAGGGGGUGGAGUUUCGCCUUCGUUUGCACUUUAUUGGCCAAAACAUCUGCUGUGGAAUUUGACUGAAGAAUCAUUUUCUGUGUUUGAUAGAACUAACCAGGAGAGCAGGUGCAUGUGAUAUGCAAAUACAAAAAAGAAACACUGCGAGAGAGAAAGAGGAGAGGUGUUUUUGCAUGAAAACAGCUUGUAGCGAUUUUUCUUACCUUCUUAAAAUAAUGCAAAGGAAACGUUUUUUUGUGCUGAACAGCUCGUGUAAAAUUGAAUUAUGCAGGUACAGUAUGUAGUUACGCACAAGUCCUGAUUUUGCUGGGGCUUUUUUGGCCAAUAAAUGCAAAUGACGUCUGACGCAGAAUAUUAUUUUGUCUUAACUUUUGUAUUUAGCUGAUCUAUCUGAAAAGCAUAUUUAGAGAUGUCAUUUUCACUUACUACACUCGGUUCAUUUUUCUGCUUUGUGUUUUUAAAAAAACAUUGCGUUUUUACAGCAGAAACAUUAUUUCUAAUCAAACCAAAGUGUUGUGGACAGCCAUAAAUUCUUGCAAGAAAGUCGAGAUUUGUAAUUGUGUGUAUGCGCAGGGAAGCAGUUCUAAAAUAUUGAUGACAUUAUUUUUGUUGAAUGCUUCACUAUAUCAGGAUGCAUCCCUUAAAGUGAUAGUUCACCCAAAAAUAAAGAUUCUAUCAUUUACUCACCCUCUCGUCAUUCUAAACCUGUAUGACUUUCUUUCUUCCGCAGAUUUGCAUUAGUUUUGUGUCCAUGCAAUAGAAGUGAAUGGGGGACAGUGCUAUUGUUCGGUUACCAACUUUCUUCAAAAUAUCUUCUUUUGUGUUCUGCGGCAAAAACAUUCAUAAAGGUUUGAAAUGACAAGAGGUUGAGUAAAUGAUGACAGAAUUUUCGUUUUUUGGUGAACUAUCCCUUUAAAGACACAGACACACAUGCAGAGUGGCUCCAUUUGUUUUAACAUUUACUAAGGAAAUAAGAAAGAAGCUCUUGGAAGCAUACCUAAGAAAGGGCUUGUUAAGAUUUACGGUAGUACUUUUGGGAUAUGGAUUGAUAUUUUUAUAAACUAAUUAUUUGGUUUCGUGUACAGUAUUGUUUUGAUUUUGAUCUUCACGGAGGACUGAAUCGUUUUAAUUGUUUUAGCUCUUUGAAACACAUUCUCCACGUUUGAAAGACAAAACUGAUCCGUCUCCCUCCACAUUUACUUUCUGAACAACACAGAUCUUGCACAGAACUGGUGCUCAGUAUGUCACGCAAAAGAGCAUCUCGGUGGCACAUUUAGAAACUCAGUCGUCUGUAUGAAGAGAGGAAUGUUGAGAAGCAUGCCUUACUAAAAAAGUCUAAAUAGCAUAUAACAACAUAUCAGUAGCAAAGGAGACUAUUUUUAACAUUGUUUGAAAAAAGUUGCACAACUCUCUCUUUCUUUGUUGAACUGUUAAAACAGCUGAAAGGAACUAAACGUCUUUACUUUUAGUAUUGUUAGGGUGCAUGCACUGACAUUCUAUGAGCUUGUGUGAGAUACAUGAAGGACUGAAGUUCCACCUAUGGCAUUUAAUACCUAACAGAGCGC